UGCUUGUUUAUUCAUUGCCUCUUGGUGCAUUUUGAAGAACAUUGUGCCAAAUGUGUCCAGCCCCCCCAUCUGAUUGCCGCUCGUCUUUCUGAUUUCAUCGGCUACAUCUGCCGUUGUGUCAGUGUCAUUUCAUCACUGCUGCAGGAAAUGAGUCGACGUGUUAGCCUCUGCAUCCUGAUCAAAGCUGUGAAAGCGGCUGAAGUAAGACUCGUUCACUCUCGGCUCCCUCCUGAUGCUCAGCCUGUCCUGGUGCGGCGUCCAGUGCAGACAGAGUAAAGUGAAGAGAGGAAGAUGCCAGUCCCGCCUCCCCCCCCACCCCCAGGGCCUCCCCCUCCUCCCACCUUGGCUCUUGCCAACACAGAGAAGCCAAAUCUAAACCGUGCAGAGCAGCAUGGAAGGAACGCUCUGUUGUCCGACAUUUGUAAAGGAGCCAGAUUAAAGAAAGCUGUUACCAAUGACCGCAGUGGGCCCAUACUGGACAAACCCAAAGGAGGUGGAGGAGGAGGAGGAGGUGGUGGUGGUGGUGGUGGUGGUGGUGGAGGAGGGUGUGGAGGUGGCGGAGGAGGUUUUGGUGGUGGUGCUCCUGGUGGUUUAGGAGGCCUGUUUGCAGGAGGGAUGCCAAAACUGAGGUCUGCAGCAAACAGAGAAUCCAACGACUCGGGACCCAGCCGAGGGCCCAUGCUGCCCCCAGGAGGCCGCUCUUGUGGGCCCACCCCCUUUGGUGGCGGUGGAGGCCCGCCAAAACUCCCAGGAGCCCCCGCUGGUGUCCGUGGCAACGUCCCUGAUCUUCCCAAAGGCCGCCCCAAUUUCUCAUCCAGACAGGACACUCCAGGAGGCCUCCCUCCUCCCGUACCAAACACACCUCGACCACACCAGAGCUUCCAGACUCGCGGGGGCCCGCCUCCACCCUCAUUCCCUGGAGGACCCAGGCCCAGCCCUGCUUCUGGACCCACGCCUCCUAGUGUUCCGCCAGGGAGGCACGGACCUCUCCCUCCACCACCAGGAGGCUCCUCAGCUGGGCCAAGACCAGGAUUCUCUGCCCCCCCUCAUCAAUCCCCAACCAACAGCCGACCUUCCUUACCGCCCACACCUGGAGGGAGGCCUCCACUUCCUGACGACCGGCCCCCGCCGCCACCAGCUCCUGUGGGAGGUCAUCGACCAUCUAUGCCCCGCGAUGUGCCCCCUCCUCCUCCCCCCUCUAUCAACUCCAAACCUCCUUCCUCUGUCUCUUCCUCCUCUGCCUCACGGUCCCCAGCCGGUGGCGGCCCGCCUCCUCUCCCGCCGGGCCGACCGGGACCGCCGCCUGUUCCACCCAGCCCAGCUGGAGGAGACGACCACAGCACCCCUCGUCUGCCCCAAAGGAACAGCUCACUCAACUGCCACGGUCCAGCUCCGCCUCAUGGUCGGACGGGACCUCUCCCUCCUCCGCCAAACGAGAGGCCGCCAUCUCUGGGACGGAACCAGUCCUCAGUGCGCACAGGGCCUCUUCCUCCUCCUCCUCCUCCCUCAGGGCGGAGCAUGGGUGGGGGCAGCGUGAGAUCAUCACCAGCUCCUUCUCCCAUUGGUCGGCCAGGCCCGGAGCCCCCUCGUGGUGGACCCGGAGGUAGACCACCCCUCCCCCCGGACAGGCCGGGGACAGGAGGCGCCCCUCCACCGCCACCCAUGGGUAACGGCUUCCAAAACUCUCACCACAACCAGAUACAGGAUGAGUGGGAGUGUCGAUUCAAUUUCCAUCCUGUGUCGGACUUUCCUCCACCUGAGCCCUACGUGCCCUUCCAGAAGACCUACCCUAGCAAGAUCGCCAAGAGUGACGGCAGAGGUUCUGGUAAAAAGGAGAGAGGAGCUCCUCCACUUCCUCCUGUACCCAGGUGAAGAAGAGGUGGCAGCGAACACAACCCCCGGAACUACUUUCUCUGUUUCCCUACCUGUCUCUCCCUCUGUCUGCUGCGCUCAUUGUGCUUUUACCCACGGCAUGUGGUUCAUCUGUGGACUGCAACAUGUAAAAAUGGACCUACAGUAUGGUUGACCAAGAAAAAGGACAGACUCACAAUGUGGAGUUUACAACAUGUGCCUCUGUAGCAGCAGAAAGGCUGCAUUCAAAGACCAAAGCCCGUUUAAACUCCGGUACACUGUGUGAUAAAAACGAAAAAGAAAACUUGCACCUCUUCAGGCACAAUGUGUUAUUUUCAGGUUUACAGCUGUGCUGUAGCUGGAAGAUGCUUUUCAGAGUGAGACAGCAAUCACUUACGAACAACAGCAUCUUCGUGAACUUUGAUCCAUCAGCUCACUCUUUCAUCCUUUGCUUACAGUGGUUGAUAGAUUCCAUAAACUGCUUCGCUCGAUAUUAUAUUUUACCAACCAGCUACACUUUUAGAAACGAUGCAGUCUCUCACUUGACAAAUAAACCAGCAUUUGGCAGGAAGCAUGUGUGACUUUCCCAGCAUGUUGGCACAGCAUCAGGCAAAAUCUACAUCUUACGCCGAAUUUAUCAUGAGUCCCAGGGUUACAGUGCAGGGCAUCCUCAAGUGUGUUGACAAGCUGUUUCUCCUUUUGUACCAGUGCUUCUCUCGUGCCUUUUUCUAUUCAGGAUUGUAAUUUUCAGGCUGCUUGACUGAGUUAAGGGAAUUAGCCUUUUGUGCCUUAAAUUAUAUACUUAACGAUAAUUCAGCUGGAUUGGAUCACCUCUGCCGAUGUAAAUGUAAAAACAGAAGCUAUACAGCAGCUCGAUUGCCUCUAGAUUAUUUAGCAUAGCAAAGUGUCUUAAGUACAACAUCGAUACAUAGACGGACAUGAAACCAAACUAAAAAUGGCCACGGCGUCCUGCUACCGCUGCAGAAAACAUCAGGGGAAAUGCGGGUGUUUAAUUUGCCAAAGCCACAUGUGCCUUCACAGUAUGUUUAUUUACAUCUGUGUGUUUCUGUUGGAACCACUGAACGGUACUUUACAUAUGUUAAAUGUGAUGUUAGCAUGCAUUUAAUGCUUAUGAUGAAGCUGUUUUCAAGGACAUUGUAUGGUUUUACUCCAGCAGUGGUUUACAAUAGAACUCUUACUUUGCUGUUUUGUUAAAAGCUGCCUUGACUUUACGAAGGACCUGUGUAUGUAUCUGUAUGAUUUAAUCAAGUGGUAUUGAAGGACUGUGUUAUUUUAAGUUAUGUGUCUGAACUGUGCAGUAUUAUGUUUUUUGCUUCACCCAGCACUGCUUUGAACGGUCUUUUGUAUACGAGAUGUAUUAUUAUCAUGUGUUGGUCAAAGAAGCAUUUUCUUAAAGACAAUCAUGCAGAAGUAAACCAAUUCACUCCAAUAAAUAAAAUGCUUUAAGAUGCUUUAUGUGCUCUACGUGGGCUGAAAUGCGCUUUUAUUGGACUACACGUUUUAAAAUAAUUUGAUAUUCCUGCACAAACGACCAACGUUCAGUCACAGACAAGGACAGCAAUGUAAUGUAAUGUCAACAUCCAGACGGAGUGAUGUGUAUUCUCAGAUAAACAACAUGCAUCAUUACAUGUUCGUGCAAUAAAACUGGACAGCAUGUUGGUAUGACAGUGUGUCAUGAUACAAGACAUUGGGAUUUUGGCUAUGAUGUUAUGGCAUAAUAAAGCUUAAAUGUUGUGGUUUGUA